AUGAUGAAAUCUAAGAUUGACAAAUAUGAGAAGCUUGGUAUGAUCGGAGAAGGUACCUAUGGUGUAGUCUACAAGGCUAGAGAUGUAGAUACUGGAGAAAUUUACGCUCUUAAAAAGAUCAGAUUAGAGAGUGAAGAUGAAGGAAUUCCAAGUACUGCUAUUAGAGAAAUAGCACUUUUAAGAGAGUUGUAGCACCCAAACAUUGUGAGAUUAGUUAAUGUUCUCCACACUGACAAAAAAUUGACCUUGGUUUUCGAAUUCUUACAUUAAGACUUAAAAAGAUUAUUGGACACAUGCGGUCCUCAAGGACUAUAUGAAUCUUCAAUCAAGUCGUUCCUCUACUAACUAUUGAAUGGUGUUGCAAAGUGUCACCAGCACAAGAUUCUUCACAGAGAUCUUAAGCCAUAGAAUUUACUUAUCAACAGAGAGGGUAUUCUAAAAUUGGCUGAUUUCGGUCUUGCCAGAGCUUUUGGUAUUCCAGUGAAAAAUUUUACUCAUGAGGUUGUCACUCUUUGGUACAGAGCCCCAGACAUUUUAAUGGGAUCUAAAAAUUACAGCACAUCUGUAGAUAUUUGGUCAGUUGGAUGUAUUUUCGCUGAGAUUGUUAACAGAAGACCACUCUUUGCAGGAUAAAAUGAAGAAGAUCAACUUAUGAAGAUUUUCAAGGGAAGAGGUACUCCAGAUCCAGAGCUCUGGCCAGGAAUGAAGGAUUUGCCAUUAUAUAAACCAGACUACCCUAAAUACAUUGGAGAGUCUCUAGCUAAGUUAGUUCCCUUAGACGAGUAAGGUUUAGACUUACUUGAUAAGAUGCUAAGAUGCAACCCUGCCGAAAGAAUUACAGCAAAAGAAGCCAUGCAACACCCAUAUCUAAAGGACGUUCCAGACUAUAUCAGAAACAUGAAGUGA